AUGAGCCAUAGAGCUAGUAUUAAUAAUUCAAGUUCUCCUCUUAUAUAUUCAGGUUUAGAGAUUCAUGAACAAACAGCAAAUUUAGCCAAUAUAGGUGUUACUGAUGAUGGUCAAGAAGAAGAUACAGAAGAUGCUGCUAUUGAUGAAGAAAUAUAUAGUACUUCUCAUGCAUCAUCACUUCCAACUCCUAUUUUCAGACCUGGUGGUCGUCAACCUUCAUCUUCUCAAUUCACUCCUUUAAUACUGAAAACUGAUACUUCAAAACCGUCAUAUAUAGAAGAACCUGAACCUCCAUAUUCUUCAGGAUUUAAUAAAUCAAAUCAAUUGUCACCUCAUGAUAUAGAAGCAUCCUCAGGAUUCUCACCAUUACCAGAUACAACAAUCACUCAUAAAGAACCCUUAUCAUCUCAUCAUAAUGAUCAACCAGUUCCAAGUUUACUUCAUCAAUAUCUUGUCAAACCAAUCCAUUACUUACCUGCUGUAUUCUUGGGAACACUUUUAAAUAUUUUAGAUGGGUUAUCAUAUGGUAUGAUUAUGUUCCCUGUUAGUGAAACCAUUUUCUCAUCAUUGGCACCAGCUGGUUUAUCCAUGUUUUAUAUGUCAUGUAUUGUCUCCCAAUUAGUAUAUUCCCUUGGUGGAUCUGCGUUUAAAUCAGGAAUUGGAUCAGAAAUGAUCGAAGUUACUCCAUUCUUCCAUUCGAUGGCAUUGUCUAUCGCUGCUGAAAUGGUUAAACAAGAAGCUUCUCAAGAAGCUAUCAUUGCUACUACUAUCACUACUUAUGCCGCCUCAUCUAUUGUCACAGGGUUUGUAUUUUGGUUAUUAGGUAAAUUAAAAUUAGGAUCCUUAGUAGGGUUUUUCCCAAGACAUAUCUUGGUAGGAUGUAUUGGUGGUGUGGGAUAUUUCUUAGUAGCAACUGGAGUUGAAGUUUCAUCAAGAUUAGAAGGUGGAUUAAUUUAUAAUUGGGAAACGUUUAAGUUUUUAUUUUUCAAUCAUUUAACCUUAUUAGAAUGGACUUUACCAUUAGCAUUGGCCAUUGUAUUAAUCAUCUUACAACAUAAAUAUCAUAAUUCAUUAUUAGUCCCCUUAUUCUUCAUGUCAGUCUUCAUCUUAUUUCAUUUCAUAGUCUUAAUCAUCCCUGGUUGGAAUUUAGAUAGUGCUCGUAAAUCAGGGUGGGUAUUCCCGGCCGUUGAAGGUAAUGAACCAUGGUAUGCCUUUUAUGAAUUAUAUAAAUUUCAAUUAGUCGAUUGGUUUGUGAUUCUUAAACAAUUCCCAACCAUGUUAGCCUUAACUUUCUUUGGUAUCUUACAUGUUCCAAUCAAUGUUCCUGCUUUGGCCCUCUCGGUCGGAAUGGAUGAAGUUGAUGUGGAUCGUGAAUUAGUUGCUCAUGGUUAUUCAAAUGCCCUUUCAGGUUUACUUGGAUCGAUUCAAAAUUAUUUAGUCUAUACUAAUUCAGUAUUAUUUAUUAGAGCUGGUGCUCAUGAUAGAUUAGCUGGUGUAUUGUUAGCCGUGGCUACUGGAGGAGUGAUGAUGGCUGGACCUGUUGUCAUUGGAUAUAUCCCAGUAUGUGUGGUGGGAUCAUUGAUUUAUUUAUUAGGAUAUGAAUUAUUAAAAGAAUCAGUAUAUGAUACCUUUGGUAGAUUAAGAAAAAUCGAAUAUACUACGAUUAUAAUCAUUGUGGUUACUAUGGGUGCAUUUGAUUUCGUGAUUGGUAUUUUGGUCGGUAUUUUAUUAGCAUGUCUUUCAUUUGUGGUUGAAGCCGGUAGAAAUCCUGUGGUUCAAGGAAUUUAUUCAGGUUCAGUGGCUAGAUCUACUGUUUUAAGACAUCCUAAACAACAAGAAUUUCUUAAGAAUGUAGGUGAUCAAAUCUGUGUGAUUAAAUUACAAGGUACUUUAUUUUUUGGAUCAAUUGGUGGAGUUGAAAAAUCAAUUCGAUUAAAAUUUGAACAAGAAAGUUUUAAAUUAAAUCCUAUUAAAUUCUUAAUUAUCGAUAUGAAAAGUGUUAGUUCGAUUGAUUUUUCAGCUGCGGAAGGUUUUAGAAGAAUUUUAAAUUUAACUAAUGAAUUCAAUACUCAAUUAAUCAUAUCAUCAGUUGAAGAAGAAGAUGAUAUCAUCAAGGGUUUAAGAGAUGCAGGAUUUGGUAAAGAUGAUGAUGAACAAACAAUUGAAUUGUUCAAUACGUUAAAUUAUGCCUUAGAAUGGUGUGAAAAUGCAUUCUUAAAAACAUAUAAAUCAGUUAAAAGAAAGGAAGGUAUUAGAGAAGUACCUCUUAGUUCAGGUUCAAUCGGUACGGGUGGUAACUCUCCAACUGGUAGAAGAUCAAUCUAUUCUCCUCAAAGUCUUAAUACUAAACAAUUAAUGAAUCAAGCGUUUGAAAUAGGUACACCAAGAACCACUCAAGUUUAUCAAGCUGCUACUAGAACUAUUUAUGAUGAACAAAAAACCCAAACUAAAUUCUAUUCCAAUAUUGAUGCUUCAUUUAAAAAACAACCAUUACCAUUAAUUAUGAUUACAUUCCAAGGAUUAUCUGAUAAAGAUGAAGAAUUCUGGUCUAAAUUGACAGAAUAUUUCGUUAAGGAGAAAAUCCCUGAGAAUUAUGAAUUUUAUAAUACCUUGAAUGAUAAACCAACAUUUUUCAUAGUUGAAUCAGGAUUAGUUCGGUCAAUAUUCAAAUUUGAAAAUGAAGGUAGAGAAUUACAUUCAUCUAUUUUGCCUAUGACUGCAUUUGGAGAUUUUUUUGAAAUAAAUCAACAUGUACCACAUAAACGUGAAAUUACAUAUACUACUGUAACUGAUUCAGUUAUUUGGAAAUUAUCUCAUAAAAAGUUACAAGAAUUACUUAAAACUGCAAAUGGUCAAACUAUAUAUAAUGAAUUAUUACAAAUUCAGAAUAAAUUAAUCAGAGAAAGGUUUGAUACAAUGACUGCAAAUUUAGUCAUCUCAGGAUAA